AUGGAUCAAAUAUGUUUGGAUAUUCAUAUCAUUCAUAAUCGAAAUCUAUUAAAUGGUACCAUUCGAUUUGAUCUGCCUCAUCGAUCUGAAUCAGAUAAACUCGAAUUAAUUACAAAUAUAAUGAAACAAUCUUCAGUGGAAUCACCUGUUCAUCAUCAACGUGAAUUAACAGACCCUACUCUCCCCACUGCUAUUGAUAACUCUAGUAAUAAGGAUCUGUCAAGUUCAAUACCUUCUCCUUUUACUUCAUCACUUAACAUAAAUGCUAUUGUUCAAGAAAAAGUUGAAUCUCAUGAAUUUCUUGAUGAGCGUGAUUCCUCUGAAAUACUCACUAGCAAACAAUUAGGUCAUGAUUCUUUGAUGCCUAACACUUUGGAAAAUCAAUUGAUGAUGGAGAAAUUAACAAAUCUUAAUAAUUCUAAUUCCCAUUUAUCUAUUAAAACUGAAAUUGAAGAUAAUUCCAGUUUCAAUCAUAAUAUGGAAACAAUUUCUCCAAGUCAACAUGAACCACCGGAAGCGGAAAAACUUCAAAAUGUUCUUUCUGUAACAUUGUUAAACAUGAAUAAUCAAUCGACUGAAGAACUUACGGGUGAUAACUAUACGCUUCCGAUUGAAAAUACCACGACAACUCAUCAACAGCAUUAUAGGAGCGGUGUUGCAGUUGGUGAUAACGGUAAUGAUGAUGACGAUAAUGGGGAGAUCGAUUUUGAAGACAAUGCGCCCGAUUCUGUGGACAAAUUACUGUCAGAUACAACAACGAAUAAAAUCCCAUUAAAUUCAAGUAGUCCAACUCGUGAUAAUAAUGGUAAUAAUGAUAAUUUAAACAAUGAAGCAUAUACUACAACUAAUCACAUAGAUGAGAAUGACUUAAUCUUUUUAACAACAACGACAACAACAUCGUCAAUGUCUCCACCAUUGGAACUGUUGCCGCCUCCACUACCAUCUCAACUCUCGUUAACAAUGUUACCAACUAAAGACACUACAUUAUGGUCGACCACUGCUACUAAUACUACUGCAAAAGAAACCCAUUUACAAAAUUCAUCACCAUUGGAUAUUACCUCGGCAUCAUUAAGCACUUGUAAUUUCGUUGUUUAUGAUGAUGAUGAUGAUGAUGGUGGUGGUGGUGGUGGUGGGGAAAGUGAAGGUGUAGGUAGGGCUGUUGACAAUGCCGAUGAAGAAGGUGAUAAUGAUGAUGAUGAUUGUUGCAACUACCAAUCAUUUGAAGAUUUGAAGUCAAUUUCAAAAGAGGAAGAUAUUUUAAACGCCACAAUUAACAGAAUAGAUACAGUUAAUGAAACUACUGAACAUGACAGUCAUGACAACAACAACAAAGUCAAUACCAACGACGACGAUAACAGAAGAACUCAUAAUGAAAUGAAUAGAAUUUUAAAUCAUUUGGAAAUGUUAUCAAUAAAUUCAGAAAAACAAAGUAAACAAUUCGAAUACAUUUUAGACCAGUUAAAUGAAACAAAAUUGAAACUUGAACGGCUUGAACAAACACAAUUCGAUAUCAUUGAACAAAUAAACAAUAUUAAUUACCAAGGAUCACUAAUGCCACCGACACAACCAUCCAACAUUGUCACAAUGACCGAAUCUAAUGUGAAUUUAGAACAUUGGGAAAUUAAAUCUAUUGAAUUAUCUAAUCAGAUAAUUUCACAAUUUUGUUCCACUCAACCUACUGACUUUAUAAAUAAUGAUGUAAUCAGUAAACCAAUGGAUAAGGUUCCUGUUUUAUGUGUUUAUGCAUCUGAAAAGAAAAUUAUGGAAUAUCCACUUGUGAAAAGUGAGUCUUCACCGUUUUUUCAAAUAUUUAAUCGAAUCCUUUUACUUUCAAGAGAACAUGCAAUAUUUGAAUUAGAUGAAAAUUAUAUUUGUACUAUAACAGAUCUUGGUUCAUUAAAUGGUACAAAACGUAAUGAUUUACAUUUGAAACCUAAAAUAAAUUAUGAAUUAAGAGAUGGUGAUUGUUUGUAUUUUGGUGGGAUUUAUUGCACUUUGAAUUUUUGUCUUUCUUCAUCUACAUCAUCGUUAUGUCUUCUUAAUCCACUUCAUGAAGAUUCAAAGUCACUUGAACUAUCUUUACAGAAAACUAAUCAGGAUACAUCUUGUCAGCUUCAUUAUUCCCAGAAAGAAAAUCAAUUAUCUGUUCAGUCGAAUUUUUCAACCAAACAGAAUGAUAAUGAUGAUGAUAAUAAUAAUAACGAUGACAGUGAUUGUUCAGUUUUUAGUGAACGUCUUUUAGCUGAAAUUGUUGUAAAUACUGGUGAAGUUUCACAAGAUUUAUUGCCAAAUCCCAAUCACUUCAUUGAUAGUUAUUCACCUUCUUUAUCAAGCAGUACAGAUUCAGAUGUUAAAAAAACUGAACUCUUAAAAAAUGAAAAUGAUAUUAAUCUGUUACAACAUGAAAUGCAUGAAAGUUCAUCAUCAGUUAAAAAUUGUAAACUUCAUAUGUAUACUCAAAAUGAUGUUCAUUUAGAAAGUGAAUCAUACCAAAAUUCAUCAACCACAGAAUCUGUCAGGAAAUCUAAAGGUUAUAUGAUUGAUGCUACUCCAUUGGAAUUGUUGACUAAAUCGAUUAAAAAUCAUCUUUCAUCUAGUGAUGUUGUUUCUGCUACUCCUAUGAUCCUAACAAACGAAACAGCUUCAACUCCUUUAACAUACAAUCGAGCAAACAUCCUACUUGCACGAGACUCUGAUCCAGGUUGUAUUGUUCAAUCAAUGGAUAAUCAUUUUGGACUGACUAUUCGUUCGUCUACUUGUUUGUCUGCUGAAGAGUCAGUAUUUACUAUUGAGGAGAGUGAUCUCGUGACAAGCAAUGCAGCUAAAAGCAUAGAUGAAACCAGUGGACCUGAAAAAAAUGAACUAAUUCUGAACGGUAACAUUACAGCCCUUAGAAAAUCUUCAAAUUUUCAUUAUGGUAUACAAAAUCAAGAUGAUCAAUUUCUUAAUAACAGUAGUAUAUCUAAUAAAGAUCAAAAUAUUCACAAUGAUUCACCUUUUAAAACUAAUGAACAUAAUUCUUCAGAGAAGAAGGCUGAUAUUGUUUUAUCUCAAGAAUGGGGAUCGGAUAUAAUUCAUACUGAGAUUUUGUCUGAAAAAGUUCAAUAUAACAAUCUUAUUAAUAAUAAUAUUAGGAAGAAAAAUACUAAAUCCAGUUAUUUUACUUCAUCAAAAUGUAAUAUACGGGGUACAGAUUAUAAAACAAAUACUAUUACAAAACAAAAACGGUGUAAUUCGAAGCCUAAAAAUCAGCUAAGUAUGGAGCAAUCUGUUGAAAGUCCUUUACACACUGAACAACAACGAUUAACUGUCUCAGAACUGGCAAAACCUGAUAUACCCCAGUCAAUACCUUCAUCUAAGUGUGAUGUUACUAGUGAGCGAUCUCAAUUAACACCUGAUGAUAAUGAUUGUAAACUUCGUCGUUACAUUGAACAAUGUUCAUUAUUUCGUUCCACUAGAUCAAUCCGAAAUCGACCUUCUGAACGUGUUACCAAUUGUACUUUACCAGGUUCUUUAGGUACUGUAAAGUUUCGUAGUCGAAAAAAUAAACAAAAGUUCACAUCAGUUAUUUCAUCAAUUCAUUUAGAUAGUCCUAAUUCAGAUUCGGAACUACAAGAUUGGAAGUGUUCAUGGUCUCUUAUACAUCAUGAUAAUGAUGUCAAUUGUAAUACUAAAAAAGUUACUAAUCAAUCAAGUUAUAAUCGACCUCGUGCACCACAUAUUCCUAGUCCAUUACAUUUAUCAGGAAGUAUUUUAAGCGAAGAACCUUCUCAAUUAUUUGAUGAAAAAUUAGAACAAAUGAAAAAUGAAUCAAAUAUUUCUCCAUCGAAAACAAAUAAUUCAGCAAUCAAAACUAUCAACAACAAUAUCCAUAAAAAUAAAUCAUGUAUUUUAGAAUCUGCUGUCAAACUAGCUGGUUUUGAUGAAUCACCGGAGAAUGAUCCUUUAGUGAAGAAUAUAUUAAAUAAUGGCGAACGCCUAUCUAUACCAUCAUUUUCUGAUCUUACACCUAAUUCAUUUAAUGCUAAAAUUUGUAUCGAAGCAAAAAGCAAUAAUGAACAACAACAGUUUAGUCCAUUAUUUCCUACUUCUACUUUACCAAUAACAUCGUUGUCUGAUGAAUAUACAUCAUCACCUGUUUUAAUGAGACCUAAAAGAAACCUGAGAAAUUCAUGUACAACUAGAAAAAGAGCAUUCACACCGCUUACUACUACUUCAGCAACCAAUAAUGGUGUUGAUAAUGAUGGUAAGGAUUGUCUAGUUUACAAAAAUUCUAAUAAUAAUAAUAAUAAUAAGGUAGGUAGAACUAGGAAAACAUUAUCAUCUAUACCCAAAGAAAAUAAUCUAUCAUUGCCUACAGAUAAAACAAUUAAACAGAAUUCGAGGAAGUCAAAAUUUGAAGUGAAUAAUAACUCUCUUGAAAUGCCUAUUCGACGAUCUACACGACUUAUUGUACAGUCUGAUAAAAGUUGUAAUAAACCUCCCUUUGCUGUUGCUUCAACGUUGCAGCAUCAUAUACCACCUAUUGUGAGUAUUCCAGAAGAUAAGUGUAGUAGUAGUAGUAGUGGUAGAAGGACUAGGAGUAGCGCUUUAAUCAAUUUAAAACCAGAAAAUACCGCAAAAAAUCAACGAAAAAGACGGAUGACAACAUCUACAAAUGAAACGAAAGAAGAAAUUCUUAAAAUAUCAAAUACUGAUUUCAAUAAUACUUCUUCAACAUCUACUGGAUCAUCAAGAACCAACACUACUAAUUCCAUUCAAUUAGUAUUCAGUGGUGUUGAAUCUUCAAGUUAUUCAAACAUUCUAAAAAAACUGAAUGCAUUUGAAACAGAAGAUCCUACACUUGCUGACUAUUUAAUUACUGAUCAAAUUAAACGUACCUUAAAAGUAUUAUAUGCUAGAGCACGGGGUAUACCAAUUAUUUCAGUGGAAUGGUUAAAAGCAUGUAAACAAUCUCGUAAAGGUUCAAAUCCAGAUCCACUUAAUUUUAAAUUACAUUAUUAUAAUACACAGUCUAUGCAUACUACAGUUUCAAGUGAACAGUCUACACGAUGUCAUUCCUCAUUUGUGAUGAAAUUAUCUACAAAUGAACAAAUAAACCAAUUUGAAGAAACAAAUGAAUUCUUAUGUGGUUGGUCUUUUUGUUCAACUCCAAAUGUUUUACCAUCUUCUAUGGAUUUACAAAAACUUACACAGUUUGCUGGUGGUUAUUGGAUGUCUGAUGAAGAUUUAUGUAAUGCUAUGAAGAAUUUGGAUGAUGUACCUAUUAAAUCAGUUAUUAUCACAACUAAAGAAGAAUAUCAUUCUAUGUUAUUGUUGAAUUCAAAAUCAUCUUGUAAAAAUUCCCGACUUUCAAGAAAUUCAAAAGAAUGCAAACAAACCACUCCAAUUUUACGCGCUUUAUCUUCAUUAAUUACAGUAUCUACUGAUUGGUUCUUACAAACUAUUAUGAAUCGUAAACCUCCAAAUUGGCCUAUUGAUUCACAAUAUAAGAUACAAUGA